GUGUUGAUGACCGGAGUUUACUAAGAUCAGAGGAGGAGCGGUAGAUUUGGAGAACCUUGCCGGAUUCCACUGUGGAUCGUCUCACGGGUCACCUCACCGGCUAUCGUUGCUGGUCACCUCGCCGCUGACCGCCGCGGGUCACCUCAUCCUUGACCGCCGCUGGUCGCCGUGUCGUUGACUGCCACGAUCUCCUCUGCGGGUGGCCGGAUCUCCAAUUGCUGCCGGAUUACAACACUCACUAUGGGAUUUUAGAACCACGAUGGAGGUGCGAGUGGGUCCUCUCAGAACCGCUAGGUCGCCCGUAGAACCGCUGACCACCGUUGCUCGCCUAACAGCUGACCACCCCAGCUCGCCUCAAGGCUGACCGCAGUUGGUCGCCUCCCCGCUGACCGCUGUUGGUCGCCUCACCGUGGGCUGUCGCUGGUCACCUCUUCGCUGACCGGCCUGGGUCGCGUCACAGUGAAGCUGUGCUAGGUCACAAGGCUCUAAUUGCCACUAUUGAAGACCGGAUCUCGUAGAGCUCCAUAUUACCGAUGAGGCCGCUAAAAAUUCAGGUAAUAUCCCCAUUGUCCGUUGCAGCCCGCAGAAGUUACCACCACUGCAAGGAGAUAUCAGAGGUCGCCACUGCUUGCGGCCAGAUCCCGUGGUACCCUCAAACUAAGCCGUCAUUCCGCCACGUCUCAGACAACAUCGGAAGCCUUGCUCCACCCCGUCCCUGUCUAGAUCUGUGCUCUGCUAGUCUGGUGCUAUUUCCGCACGACCUGGUUGCCUUACCGUUGACCGCUGCUGGUCGCCUCACGGUGGGCCGCCGCUGGUCGCCUCUUCGCUGACAGGGCGGGGUUGCACUAUCACUCUGCGCCACAGGUUGUUUCAAAGUGAACCAUGGUUGGACGCCUCGUAGUUGAACGUCGUGGCUCACCUCGCAGUUGACCACCCAGCUCGUCUCACGGCUAACCGAUGCUGGUCGCUUCACGGCUGACUGCUGGUGGUCGCUUCACGGCUGACUGCUGCUGGUCGCCUCACGGCUGACCGCUGCUGGUCGCCUCACGGCUGACCGCUGCUGGUCGCCUCACGGCUGACCGCUGCUGGUCGCCUCCCCGCUGACCGCCACUGGUCGCCUCCCCGUCGACCUCCGUUGGUCGCCUCACUGCUCACCGCCACUGGUCGUGUUGCCCUGAAGUAGUGCUGGUAGCCUCACAAAAAACAAAUCCACCGAUUUAGCUCAAUCCAAGCAGAAGUCCAUCAAAUUGGGUCCAUAAAUGAAAUCCUAUGACCCAAGAGCUCCAAAAUCACUGCAAAAACACAACAGAAUCAAGAGGAAACAGUGAUUGGAAAUUGACAGUGAACCGUAUUCAAAGUUACAGCCCAGCGGCCUUCUAUCGCCGAGCGAGAGGUAGCUAACUGUCGGUGGAGGAGGAGCGGAUUGCUAAAUACGGGUCAAAGCUUGGAUGGCUCCAUCUCGCACACACCUCCACCAUGGACUUUCCUGCCGCGGCUCGCCUCAUUGCCGACCGCCGCUGACCGCUGUAGUGUCGUCAUGACCGAUGCUUCCCAGCUCGAUGAAGCCCCAUCGGAUUUCACGUUGGAUCUGCCGAAUGUUUGGCGGUCCUUUAAGAGAAAGAGGGGAUGUCGUUGAGUAGUGUGCUCACAAGUGAGAAACUUGUUGGAGCCACUUGCUCACAAACAAAAAAAAACAAAGAAAACUGAAGACGACCAACGUGAGGCCUGCUCCAAACUUUGUGUCAUAAAAAUCUUCAGUCUAUUAGAGUUUGACGUGUGACCUCCAAAUUUGAGGGGUCAUGCCAUGAAGAACUCAAAAAUUUUGGAUGACGCCAGAAGCAAACCGUGUGAAAAUCACUAGGGAAAUGCUACAAUUGGCUAAGUCCUAAGAGUUCACACCCCGGGAUGAGUGGGUGCGUUCUCCCAAGUCAUCGAUGCAACAAAUAAAACAAUAGGCAAAGCCUAUCUAAGCCCACAAAAGUGGCACCCAACCAAACCCUCACAAAUACAACCUCUCCAAGAGAGAUUCAUCAAAGUCCCCUCCCGAGGUAGGCCAUAAACCACCUCGCGGGGCUUAACUUAAGCCCUCGUCCUACGAGGCACAAAAGUCCUCUCCCGAGGUCGGUCCUAGAUCACCUCGCGGGGCUCCAAUUAAGUCCCUGUCCUACGAGGCACAAAAGCCCUCCCCCGAGGCCGGACCAAAAAUUACCUCGCGAGGCGACCAAAUCUCUCAUUCUUUGAGGUUCCUAAAAGUCCUCCCCUCGAAACACAACGAAGCCAUCUCAUAGACUUCGUAGUCGCUCGACGAGGCAAGUAUGUUUCUAACUUUCUUAGGUACUAAAAGAAGAGGAGCUUAAGGAGUCAAGAUUUAUGCCUACACUGCCAGAAGCUUCAAGGGAUUCCGGUACAAGAGAGUGUCGAUUGAAGAAAUUCACAUAGACAAAGACAGACUAUAGUUUCUCAGUCAACACUUCGUGUUCACUAAGAAACUGGGGGGCUUGUG